AUGAAAACAAUUAGUUGGAACUCUCGUGGGCUUGGGAACCCACGAGGAGUUCGAACUCUUCGUGACUUGGUCAGAAGGGAAGAUCCUGAAGUUCUUUUCUUAAUGGAAACAAAAAUGAGCAGUUGGCAAAUGGAAAGAAUUCGUGUUAGUAUGGGUUUUGGCUGCUGUUUUACAGUACCUAGUGAAGGGAGAAGCGGUGGCUUGGCAUUACUAUGGAAAAAUGAGGUAAACUUAUCCAUUAAGAGUUUCUCAUUCUUUCAUAUUGAUGCAAAAAUCAGUGAGAUCGAUAACGGAUUGGAGUGGAAAUUUACGAGUUUGUAUAGACAUCCAGAAACUGAGAAGAGAGUGGAAACCUGGAGUUUACUUAGAACUUUGAAUGAGGAUGCAUACUCUGACCACUUGCCUAUAAUUCUUAUACCAAGUAGCAGCCAUAAUAGAUACCGACAGAAACUCUUCAGGUUUGAAGCAAUGUGGGUGGAGGAUGAUGAGUGUGGGGAUGUCAUUUCAAGAUGUUGGAAUGGGGCUACUGACAAUAGGCCUAUGGAUUCUUUUAUUGACAGAUUGAGAAUUUGUAGUAGGGGCCUAGAGACAUGGAACAAAAUGAAAUUUGGGCAUUAUGGAAAUGAUAGGGAUCAGCUUAUCAUUAGUUACUUCCAAUCCUUGUUUCAAUCAGAACAGCAAGUCCCGAUGGAAGAUCUGGUUUUCUUAGAAGAUCUGAGAGGCAGAGUCAUAGAUGAUAUGAAUGUGGAGUUGACAAAGGAUUUUACUAAAGAAGAGGUCAAAGAAGCUUUGAAUCAGAUGCACCCUACCAAAUCACCAGGACCCGAUGGAAUGCCACCUCUAUUUUUUCAACAAUAUUGGCACAUAGUGGGAAAUGCAGUAACCUGUGCUGUAUUGCAGUUAAUAUCCAAAGUCCUUGCUAAUAGACUUAAAAAGGUGCUUAAUGCAGUUAUAUCUACCUCUCAAUGCGCUUUUGUCCCUGGUAGAAUUAUCUCUGAUAAUAUUCUGGUAGCCUAUGAAGUUGUGCAUUUUUUGAGACAGAAGAGAAAAGGAAAAGAGGGCUAUAUGUCCAUUAAGUUGGAUAUGAUUUUGAGCAAUGGUGAGCCUAAAGGUCCUAUAAUUCCAUCAAGAGGGCUUAGUCAAGGGGACCCAUUAUCUCCCCAUUUGUUCUUACUUUGCACAGAGGGAUUGAUAUCUCUACUUAAGAAGGCUGAAGAGCAUGGUAAGAUCACGCCUGUUAGAAUCUACAGUGGAGCUCCUAGACUAUCCCAUUUAAUUUUUGUUGAUGAUAGCAUCUUGUUCUGUAAGGCAAAUGUGUAUGAAAAUCAAAGGAUUCAACAUUUAUUGCACUGUUAUGAGCAGUCUUCGGGUCAAAAGAUUAACAGAGGCAAAACUGGCAUCGUUUUUAGUACAAAUGUAAAACCUGAUACAAGGCAAGAUAUUUUGGAUCUUUGGGAGGUGCAGCAUAGCCAACAAUUUGAGAAGUACCUGGGGCUUCCACCUUUGGUUGGGAGGGCAAAGUAUAGAGCUUUUUCUGAUAUAAAACAUAAAGUGUGGAAAAAACUGCAUGGAUGGAAGGAGAAGAUGCUUUCGGUUGGGGGGAAAGAAAUUUUAAUAAAGGCUGUGGCCUUGUCUAUCCCAACAUAUGCCAUGAAUUGUUUUAAACUACCUUCUUCUCUGUGUGCAGAGCUAGAGCAAUUAAUGGAAAAAUUCUGGUGGGGCCAAAAGAAGGAAGAACAUAAAAUACAUUGGAUGAGCUGGUCAAAGAUGUGUAAUACAAAACAGAAUGGAGGGAUGGGCUUUAAAGACUUGAGAGUGUUUAAUGAAGCUCUUUUAGCAAAAAAUGGUUGGAGGAUUAUGCAGAACACUGAAUCUUUACUCCAUAAGAUCUUCAAAGCUCGAUAUUUUCCUAAAAAACACUUCUUAGAUGCUGCAUUGGGUUAUAACCCCUCUUUUGUAUGGAGAGGUAUUUGGGGAACAAAGCGCAAACUACAAGAGGGCUGUCAGUGGAGAAUUGGCUCAGGAAAGGAGGUGAGGAUUUGGACAGACUCUUGGGUUCCUGGCUUUACUAGUAUUGCUGGGCAACAUAUCAGUCCCUCUUAUUAUGGGAAUGCAGAAUUGAUAGGGGAUGAAAGUGCAACUGUUAAUUCUUUAUUUAUUGCCAAUCAGAGAGUGUGGGAUGUGGGUAAAAUUACUGCAUUCUUUAGACCAGAAGUAGCUCUUCACAUUACAAAGAUUGUGCUCAGCCAAGAUAGAGAGGAUCUAAUCCGCUGGAAGAAGGAAGCAAAUGGUACUUAUACUGUCAAAAGUGCCUAUAGACUGUUUAAAGAUUUAAGUCCAGGUAGACAGAAUGGGGAAUCCUCAAAUGUUGAUUUAUUAAGGAAAAUGUGGAAAGCUAUAUGGAGCAUGAAACUUCCUAUAAAGGUGAGGAUCUUUGCUUGGAAAGCUGUCAAAGAAAUCCUACCCACAAAGUCAAAUCUAAAGAAAAAGAAGGUGUUAACAGAGGAUGGUUGUGUAUUCUGUCAUGCUAAAAAUGAGGAUACUCUUCAUGCUCUUUGUUCCUGCCCAGCUAUCAAAGAGGUCUGGUCUCUCUAUUUCCCAUCAAUGGUUCUUAUGAAGGAACAUGACAUGUUCCUGGAUGUGGUUCUGAGGCUGCAACAUAAUAAGAGACAUGAUAUGCUUGAUCUGUUUUUCAUAAUAUGUUGGAGCUGCUGGUAUAGAAGAAAUAUGAAGAUGUUUGAGAAUAAGGCAAUGAGUAUUGAUGCUAUUCUGGGAAAUGCUUUGGCAAUGCAGAAAUCGUACAAAGAGCUCAAAAAUAAACCUAUUUCUAUCAUUAGAAAUCAGUACAGAUGGGAACUUCCACCUCCUGGUGUUUUCAAACUAAAUGUAGAUGGAGUCUUUUCUUCAUCCGGUUCUAUAGCUGGUAUAGGAGCUAUUGUUAGAGACUCUAAAGGAAAAGUGAUCAUGUCUGCUGCAAAGAAAGAAUGUUCUGCUAUGACUGUUGUGGAAGUUGAGGCUUUAGCUAUCCUCCAAGGUUUGCAAUUCUGUAUCCAUCUUGGGAUUAGUAACCUGGUUAUUGAAAGUGAUUCUUAG